AGCAGUUCGGUUCGGCCCGGCCCGGAGCGGGGUCCCGGGCCGGUGCCGGCGAUGCGGCCGCUCCCGGUGCCGCUGCUGCUGCUGCUGCUGAGCCCGGUGCCGGGGCGGGCCGGGGGGUGCCCCCCGUGUCCCCGCGGUGUCCCCGAGCCCUGCGACAGCCGCUGCCCGCCCUGUGCCCGCACGCGGAGCCCCGCGGAGGAGGAGCCGGAGGAGCCGUGCCCGCCCUGCCCGCCCUGCAGCCACGAGGCCACGGCGCCGCUCGCUGAGGGGACCCCGCCGGUGUCGGGGACCCCCCGAGUGACCCCGCCGGUGUCGGGCCCCCCCCCCGAGCCCCCCGGGGACAUCAUCCCCCUGUACUGCGCCCUCCUGGCCGGCCUCGUCGUGGGGCUCGUGGCCUACGUGGCCUUCAAGUGCUGGGACACCUGCAGGAAGAAGCGGCAGCUGGACAAGGCUCGGGACACGGGGGACGCGGGAGUGGCCGCGGACGCGGAGAAGCUGCGGGGGGACAGCGGCGUCUGCCCGGACAGCGCCGGCCUGGAGCCGCCUCAGCCCCUGCCCGCCGAGUGUCCCUCCGCGCUCCCGGGGUCCCCGCGGCGCCAGGAGGAGCCGGGAGAGCUGGAGCGGCUCCUGGAGCUGGGAGCGCCCGGCAGCGACCGGCGCGGCCCCGGCCCCGCGGGGGCACCGGGGGACAUCACCUCCGCCGUGUGACACCCCCGGCGACACCGGGGCCGCGCCGGCGGCUGCUCCCGUCGGUGCUGCCGCUUCCCGAUGGAUUCCUGGGGAAUUUUUUACGUGGGUUUUGUACUUUUGUAGGGAUUUUAGGGGGCGGGAUGGGGACUUUCGGUGGCUGGUGCCUGGGUGGGGGCAUUAAACGUGUCACUGGGUGGCACCAGGAUUUGUGUCCUCAGGUGUCUGUGUGUCCGUGCGUGUUCCCGGUAUCCCGGUGUCACCAGGUGCCUGUUUGUCCCCAGUGUCCCCAAGUGUUCAUGUCUCCCUGGGAUGUGUCCUUUCAGGUGUCAGUUUGUCUCUGGAAUGUGUCCCCUGGGGUCUCCCAAGUGUCCCCAGCUGUCCAUGAGUCCCCUCGGGUGUUUGUGUGUCCCUAGGAUGUACCCCAAGUGUCCCCAGGUGUCCCUUUGACCCCAAGAUGUGUCUCUGCAUCACUGGGAUAUGACCGCUCAGGUGUCUGGGCUGGGUGUCCCCAGGCGUCCCCUAUGUCCCCAGGGCCAUGUCCCAAAUGGGUGGGACAUGGUGUCUGUGUGUCCCUGGACAUCCAUGUGUCACCAGGAUUUGUCCCAGGUGUCCGUGUGUCCCACACCCAUCCCAGACCGGCCCUAGGAGGAGGAGGGGGCACCCCAACACCCCCA